CUCCUGAUGUCACAACGCUUCAAGAUGGCAGCCAAAAUCGAAAUGCGACCACCAUUCUUUAUCCGCCUUGAGUGUUUAGUACAGUACUGUUGAUAAAUAAUAAGUUGGUAAUCCAGAAUUUAGAGCAGUAAUCUGUAAUUUCUUUCUUUUUCAGGGACAUGAUUUGAUCCUAGCAACCGUCUCCCUCUUAAUUUGUUGAACAGGUAGAAAAAACCAGGUAUCCGGAAUCACUACUAGAGCCUUCCCAAACAUCCUCUCAGUCUCACAAGCACCUCUCCGUGAAAUAUUAAAAGAAUCAGGAAGAUUUUACUAUUCUCUGGCAGCUACCUACGAAAUUAGUGCGAAAUCGAUUGCAGAAGCGAUAGCAAACGCUAAAGAAAAGGGUGAUGAAUUCAUGAGUAGAGCACAUGACGAAGAACAAGAAAUACUUAGCAAGAAAAAAAUUUAAAUCGUCCCUUACUACAAACUAAAGUGUACGAUGUUGACUGAAGAUGAAUCGGAAAUGGAUGCCUUUAAUUAUCUUAAACUGGAUGAACCCCUUGAUACAAGGCCUCUUUUAAAUGGUGAGUCUCUUGAGGUAUCCAUGAUGUCUCAAGAAGGUGACAGUACUAUUGAAAUGCAUCGUCUUCAAGUUCCGGAGUUAUAUUUUAAUGCUAACGAUUUGCUGACUUAUGUUGAUUUAACUGUAAAGGAUUCAGGAUGCGAAGUGUCUCCUUUUGAACAAAUAAAAUUGAGUAUGACAGAAUUACCAGAUAGUGAAGGGAAAGUAUCAAAGAAGGCUUUCCAGCCGAGAGAGGAUUAUCGAGAAUUUUUAGAGCUCAUUUUGAUAUUCCUAGGACAAAGACCAAGUCGAGGAGUGCAUUUUAGGGCACCAGCAGUAUCGAAUAAAACCAGAUGGAUGGCAGCUGCAAUUUACUGUUUGAAAAUGUGGUUAUUUCAAAACCAAUUUCCGUGUGAUGACCCAUCAGUUGAGAAAUUGACUGAUUUGUGUGUAUUCAUCGUAAAAGUUUAUGCAAAGUAUUGGUUUACUGCCCCUUCGCCAACAAAAGCUCCCUAUAACGACCCACUAUUUUUAAAGAAUCUAUUAGCUUUUGAUUCUGUAAAUUCUACCAUCCGUAAAAAUACUGUCUUAAAAUUCCGUCGACACCUUUGGUAUUUGUCAGAGGAGCUUGUUAGCUUAGCAUUUUUUGAUAAUACAUUGCCUGUUAGUGUCAAAACGUCAAUGGCGAAGUCUGUGUUUAACAAUAGGUCUGCUAACAGUAGGAACAAAGUAAAACGACUUAAAAGGGCAGAGAUCACUUUUGAAGAUCUAAAAUGUAUUAAAAAUAAGGACUUAUCAUCUUUUGUGACACAAAAUAGUCUAAAUUUCUUUAUAAUUCUAAAUAUCCCAUACAGUAUACGUUUUUAAAACAAAGUCCGACUAAAUGGCCAAAGCUACAUGAUUUCCAGCUAGCUCUCAAAGUAGUGAAAAAUCUCAAAGUUGUGAACGAUAAUGCCAAAAGAGCAGUUUCACUUAUUCAAACUUUCAAUAAUACCAUCACUAAAAACGAAGAGCAAAAACAAUAUUUGUUGAAAAUUGUCAUGGAACAUGGAAAGGCAUUUCCAACUCCUGCUAAAAAGUUCCUGUAAAUCCAAGGGACCUCGUUUUAUAUUAUCGUAAUAAUUGAGUAUCUCAACUUCCGUGUGAUUUAUUUCACCCCAUAUUAUUCAUCAACUUAUCGAUGAGAAGGAUCAGCGAGGGGGGGGGGGGGGUUGUGACAUACUUUUUUUCAAUGAGAUGCCAUGCCAUUGGUUGAUUGACCCGUAUUCUGGAUGCUGCUAGCUCCGUGCGCCAUUACAGGUCUUGACGCUGCCGUUGCGCUGGAGUGCCAAAAUAAUAGCGAAUCUUUAGGUUUAUCCCCCCCCUCUUUCAACCCUUAUCGACCCCUUCUAUUAUGUGGUAUAGUGAUACAACGAGGUCCUUGAUGACCCCACAUUGUUGGCAUCUACUUGAAGAACACGAUGAUUAUUUAAACACCCGAUUUUUCUAGAAUUUCUUCUAAAACAGAAAAAUAUCGAUACUUUCGACCGUUAGUGCAACCUCUAAAUUUUGGAAUUUUUGGCUAAAAAUUUUUUUAGGAUGUUUUCUUAUGAUUUCGAACUGAUGGCGAUGAGGCACCGUAAAAUUUCAAACUUUUUUUUAAGCCAUCAGAUAAGCCGCACCCUAACCCAGGUAUACUCGCAAACAACAGGCAACUUUACAUUCCCGGUCACCUGCAGAAGACCUGGGGUUGGCAUGGAAAAAGGGAUUUUGGAUCACUAAGGACCAAGAAAAAAGUAACAUUAGCUGGAAUUAGUACUUACUCUGGCAAACAGGCAAAUACAUGAGCACAUUCACUUCAUUGCAUCAGCACAAAUCCAACAACAGAACAGAGUCCAAUGGAGAUGGUAUUGGACAAAACCUGUACCUAAUUGAAUUACUGAUAUCUUUUUAUUUUAUUUUUAUUGGUAUGUUAACAACAAUUUACAAACAGUAUUAAAUUGAAAUGAAUAACUGCAAAGUGUAAACAACAAACGAAAGCGAAACCAACCGAGGCAGCCGCUGCAUGGUCGUGCUGCGGCCGGAGCAGAGGCCAUUUUGAUGACGUAGUUAAGUACAACUGGUAUGAGUAACUUAGACAGACGUCCGAUUACGAUUCUAAGUACCACCCUGGUACCAUUUAGUAUCACAAAUCGAGGGUGCCGAGAUGAAAAUUUCCAUGAAACUUUGAGAACGAAAUUUGGUUUGAUACUUAUAAAUAGAUAUAGAAUAUGCUUUUAGGAUACGGAUAUCUUAUACCUGUAAAAAAUCAUGUCAAAUAUCCAUAAAAUAAAUGUUUCUAAUUAUGUAUAUUUUA